UAGUAUACCAAAGUGCAACUUGUGAAAGAAAUUACUCCUGUUAACCAUUGCUCUGGGUCAGGCAAGGUGUGCUGUGCUCUGAGCCCACAAUAUGCCACAAGAAGAGGGUCACUUCAGCUACGGCCAUCUGAGGAAGGGGCAUGGCCACGCUUACAUCACGACUGCAGAGGCUGCGGGGAUUGGCAUCCUGACGGUGAUCCUUGGAAUUUUACUGCUCAUUGGCUGCUGGUACUGUAGAAGACGAAGUGGAUACAGAACCUUGACGGAGAAAAGCCUUGAUGCUGGUGCUCAAAGUACCUUACAGGGAAGAUGCGCACAUGAAGGCCUGGGUCAUCGGGACACUAAACUGUCUUCUCAGGAGAAAAACAGUGAAGCUCUGGUUCCUAAUGCUCCACCUACUUAUGAGAAACUCUCUGGAGAACACUCACCACCACCUUAUUCACCCUGAGAGCCAGUGAGCUGCCUGAGAAAAGUUGAAAUAAUUUCUCUCACAUUUUAGUUUUAAUUUAGCACAGACACCUAAUAUUCUGCUUUAGGAUGCUGUGACAACAAUGUGCAUCUC